GUGGCAUUGGCAUCUUCAGGUACACACCGAUAAUACAGAAACAGUUUAACACUCACACUCACUUGUCAUUGUUAUUUUUGUUUUAUCUUUUGUCGCAACCUGUGACCGUUCGAGAUAUCCGAGGCCACUCUUUUAUAUGGUCGUUGAUAAAAAUGGCUUCGACCCUUUUCACAAAGAUGCUUUUGACUCAUCGCUUGAUUCACCACUCCUCCUUCCUCACUCACCAACCACGGAUUCUCUCUUCUUUUUUCACUAAACGGCUGUUUUGUAUACGAGCUGUCCCGGUCCCAGCCUAUAAAGCCCAAAACAUUAAAACAACUAGUUGGGCUCCUUGUAUGGCUUCUUCCACAGUUGGUAGAGGAGCUACAUAUUCAACACAAUCUGUAUCGACAAAUGAGCCAGUUGUUUCUGUAGAUUGGCUUUAUGAUAACCUGAAAAUGCCAGAUAUCAAGGUACUGGAUGCAUCAUGGUACAUGCCGGAUGAGCAGAGAAAUCCAAUUCAAGAAUAUCAGGUUGCUCAUAUUCCUGGGGCCCUUUUCUUUGAUGUGGAUGGAAUAGCAGAUCGUACUACAAAAUUACCACACAUGUUGCCUUCGGAGGAAGCUUUUGCUGCUGCUGUUUCUGCUCUUGGCAUAGAAAACAAAGAUGACUUGGUUGUUUAUGAUGGAAAAGGAUUAUUCAGUGCCGCUCGUGUUUGGUGGAUGUUCCGAGUGUUUGGGCAUGACAGAAUUUGGGUAUUAGAUGGUGGCCUGCCAAGAUGGCGUGCAUCAGGUUAUGAUGUUGAAUCUAGUGCUUCAAGUGAUGCUAUUCUUAAAGCCAGUGCUGCUAGUGAGGCUAUAGAGAAAGUAUAUCAGGGACAAACAGUUGGCCCACUCACAUUUCAGACUAAGUUUCAGCCACAUCUUGUUUGGAACCUGGAUCAGGUAAAGAAAAAUAUAGAGGACCAAACUCACCAACACAUAGAUGCUCGAUCAAAGCCCAGGUUUGAUGGAGCUGUACAAGAGCCUCGAAAGGGAAUCAGAAGUGGUCAUGUACCUGGUAGCAAAUGCAUCCCUUUUGCCCAGUUGUUAGAUAGUUCACAUGCAUUGUUACCAGCGGAUGAGCUGAAGAAGCGAUUUGAUCAGGAAGGCAUCUCUUUGGAAAAACCAGCUGUGACUUCGUGUGGAACAGGAGUAACUGCUUGCAUUCUUGCACUGGGUCUUCAUCGUCUUGGAAAGUCUGAUGUUGCAGUUUAUGAUGGAUCUUGGACUGAAUGGGGAGCAAAAUCUGAUACACCCGUUGAAACUUCAUAAAUUCAAUGCAAUGCAGCUAGAUUUUCAUGUCACCAAAAAGCAUCUACAAGUGAAGGGGCUGUAUCCACUUGUCAAACAUUUUGAACACUCCAAUUUUUCUUUGCCUUACUGUUUUUUGUUUUUGGUUUAAUGGUGGUUGAAUUGCAAAUGUGUUCCAUCUCAAACAUUAUCAAUAUUAAAUCCUAUCAUGUAGUUUACAAAAAUAAUGAUAGGAUUGUUCAAGAAUAUCUCAGAAAAGUUGGAAACUGUUGGGUUUGUUAAAAA